CUCCCCCGCUUUUGUCAUCCGAAACGGCUACGGUACAGGAGCGAACAAGUGGAUCUUCUAUCUCGAGGGCGGAGGCUGGUGCUUCAGUAUUAAGCAGUGCGCCGUUCGGUCCAAGACUAUGCUCGGGUCCUCCCGUUACUACAACCAAUCGAAAGACAUUGACUUGGGCGGAAUCGCGAGUAGUGACAUUAAGAUCAACCCAGGUUUCCAUAACUGGAAUUUUGUCAUUUUCAAAUACUGCGACGGUGCUGCUUUUGCUGGUAGCCGUGGUGUCGUGCAGCCGCGUAGCGUCAACAGCAACAAGCCGCCGGUGUACAUGGAAGGCCGGUGGAACCUUAUAGGGAUAGUGGAGGAGCUUUUAGCGAAGCAGAAUCUGAGGCAGGCUACAGACGUGCUGUUGGCCGGCUGUAGCGCGGGGGGACAAGGGGUCAGCAUGGUGUGUGAUGGUGUUGCCAAGUGGAUGGCUCAGUUCGGAGCCAAGACUCGAUGCCUCAUGGACGCUGGAUUCUUCAUGGACAUCCCCACUGUACGAGGCGCGUACGCCUUUCGCCGUCGGAUGAGCCAGCUGGCGUCAACAGCAAAUCUUGCGCAAUCCAGCUAUGACGUGGGCUGCGCUGCUGGUGAGUGUGCCUAG